CAUUUAACUUAUCUCCAUCCCUCCCUUUUUUUCCCCCUCCCAGUCCUGGCAGGGGAUUUGAUCUAGGUUAUACACGUUUUAUCAUGUGAAAUAUAAUUCAAUAUUAUUCAUUUUUGUGGGUAAUCUUAUAAUACAAAACCCCCAAAUCAUAGACCCAAACAAAGCAAUUGAAAAAUCAUAUGCUUUCAACUGCAUUCUAACUCCAACUUUUAUUUUUCUAGAGGUGGAUAGCAUUAUUGUCAUAAGUGCCUCAGAAUUGUCCUGGAUCAUUGCUUUGGCAACAAUUGCUAAAUGUAUCUUAGUUGAUCAUUCCAUCAUAUUUCAGUUACUGUGUACAAUGUUUUCCUGAUUCUGAUUAUUUCACUCUGCAUCAGUCCAUGAAGGUUAUUCCCACACUUUCUGAAAUCAUCUGGUUUAUCACUCCUUACAGCACAAUAGCAUUCCUCCAUCAUCUAUACAACAAUUUGUUCAGUCAUUCCCCAAUUGAUAGGUAUCCUUAUAAAAGAGCUCUAGCUAUUAUUAGUAUAACUUUUAGCUCUUCUCCUGAGAUCCCAUGUGCAGUGCUAUAUGCUGUGGCCGAGGAAAGAAGUGAAAGAAGGACUUUGUGUAAAGAAAGAUAACAGAAGAUUUUGACAAGAGAUUGUAUUUGGGAGGGAAAAAAAUAAUUCCCAUGAAAUCAUAAAGUACAGGUAGAAACCAUGGAAGGGUGGAAGUUCCUUGUUUCCCUUUUCCCACCCACUCAUCACUUAAUCUCAUUGUCUUCUCAAAUGCAGAUUCUUUUUUCCCCUUUAAUUUGCAGAUCCAUUAGAAUUCAUAAAUCAGGAAUGAGAAAUCACACUGGGAUAACAUUGUUCUUCCUACGGGGACUAACAGAUGAUCCACAGCUAAAAGUUUUGCUUUUUAUCUUUCUGUUUCUCAAUUAUAUGCUCAGUAUAAUUGGAAACCUAACAAUCAUCGCUCUCACCUUGGUGGAUCCCCAUCUGAAAACUCCCAUGUAUUUUUUCCUCAGAAACUUCUCCUUCUUAGAAAUCUCAUUCACAACAUCCUGCAUUCCCAGAUACCUCUACAGCAUAUCCACUGGGGAUAAUACCGUUUCAUAUAAUGCCUGUGCUACACAACUAUUUUCUGUAAUCUUUCUUGGGGCAGCAGAGUUCUUUCUUCUAGCCACCAUGUCCUAUGAUCGCUAUGUGGCCAUCUGCAAACCUCUACAUUAUACAACUAUCAUGAACAACAAAGUAUGUAACCGGCUCCUGCUGAGUUCUUGGCUGUCUGGGCUGCUGAUCAUUCUCCCACCUCUUAUCCUGGGCCUCCAAUUAGAAUUCUGUGACUCCAAUGUUAUUGACCAUUUUACCUGUGAUGCAUUUCCUGUGUUAGAGAUUUCAUGCACAGACACAACAUUCAUAGAAAAAAUAGCUUUGAUUGAUGCUAUACUGACACUCAUCAUCACAUUACUCUUUGUGAUUUGGUCUUAUGCCUCCAUCGUCAGGACCAUUCUGAGAUUCCCUUCUGCCCAGCAAAGACAAAAGGCCUUUUCCACUUGUUCAUCUCACAUGAUUGUUGUCUCCAUUUCAUAUGGCAGUUGCAUCUUCAUGUAUGUCAAAUCUUCUGCAAAUGAAAUGGUAGCUUUGAACAAGGUAGUGUCAGUUCUCAUGACCUCUGUUGCACCACUGAUGAAUCCUUUUAUUUAUACCCUGAGGAACAAACAAGUCAUACAAGCUUUUAAGGACUUAGUUAAAAAGAUUGCAAUUCUCUUAAAACAGUAAAAGAGUACUGAGCUCCCGAUGCCAAAUGGUAAAAAUAAGUGCUGUCCAUAAUUCUGCAAACCUUUAUAAUUUUUCUUACAAAUCACUCUUUUCUAAAAUCUACAAAAUAUUACCUUAUCCUUGCUCAUUUUGUCAUA